AAAUGAUCCGACUCCCUAAAAAAAAACGAACUUCCCAUCACAUCCGCCGUGUGUUUCGCACGGACUUGUUUUGAUGCCGCACCUUGAAGCCCGCGUUUGGAGCAGCAUGGAGGUGAAACGAGGGCAGGUGUCCUGAGCAGAUAAGUCAUGUGGAGGAGCUGGCUGCUGAAGGGCACCACCUGCCUCCUGCAGGUGGCAGCCCCGAGGCUUCUCCACCAGAGACACUUUUCAUCCCUCAGUGUGAGACUCAGUGUGAGGCUCCUCCACAGGACUCCAUGUGCUCUACAUCUUCGGGUUAAUGCCCAAAGUUGGAGCAGGGCUUUUAAAAAAGACGCCAAGUCCACUGUGGAGUUCCCCACGAGCCCCAUCACGGUCACAGAUAUCAAACAGUACCUCCGCUCCAAAGAGAUCCCCUUCCACGACGGCUACAGCUGCCUCCACAUCCCGAGCAUCUUCGUCGACCCGUCCACCAGGAGGGACAGCUUCUCCCUGUUCGUCGACAAGACCACCGGGCAGUUCCUGUGCAAAGACACGCAGGUGGAAGGGAGCUGGGAGGAUCUGCAGGACUGCCUGGAGGUGAUGCAGAGCGGCGAGCAGGACUCCCUCAGCCCGCACGUGCUGCUCGGAUAUCCGGAGAGCCUGGAGGAGCAGGAGGAGAGGGAGAGGGAGCUGAGGGAGGUGCAGAGGAUCUGGAGCAGCUCGGCGCCCUUCGCUGACCUCCCUGAGGACGAGGUGCAGCUGAUCAAAGCCAUGUUCCAGAUCACGAAGAUCUCCAACGUGACGCUCAAGAAGUUCGGCGUGAGGCUCUUCAAGCCGACCCGGAGUCUGGUCUUCCCCUGGUUUGGUGGACCCGACUCCUCCCUGAAGGGGGUGAAGCUCCUCUCCGCCCAAAACACGGACAAUGGGAGAGUUAUUUACAAUGAAGCUACAGUCCCAAAGUCUAAUUCUUACCACAACCUGUUCGGCCUCCACCUGGUGGGCCGCAUGGACUCGGAGGUGGUGCUGACCGGACACGAGCUGGACGCUCUGGCUGUGAGCCAGGCCGCGGGGCUGCCCAGCGUCGCUCUCCCGCGCGGGGUCAGCUGCCUCCCGCCGAUCCUGCUGCCUUACCUGGAGCAGUUCAAGCGCGUGACGCUGUGGCUGGGAGGCGACGUCCUCUCCUGGGAGGCGUCCAAGAUCUUCUCGCGCAAGCUGGGUCUGAAGCGCUGCAUGCUGGUGCGGCCCGGGGAGUACCGGCCGUGUCCGGCGGAGGCGCUGGCCCAGGGGAAGAACCUCAGCCACGUCCUCAAAACCUCCAUCCCAGCGGCCCACAAGUCCAUCGUGUCCUUCAAGCAGCUCAGAGAGGACGUGUACGGGGAGCUGAUCAACACGGACCAGGUGGCUGGAGUGAAGUGGACGAGGUUUCUGGAGCUCAACAGGAUCCUGAAGGGACAUCGCAAGGGCGAGCUGACUGUGUUUACAGGUCCCACGGGCAGCGGGAAGACCACCUUCAUCAGCGAGUACGCCCUGGACCUCUGCAUGCAGGGCGUCAACACGUUAUGGGGCAGCUUUGAGAUCAACAACGUGCGUCUGGCUAAGAUCAUGCUGACGCAGUUCGCCAUGCAGAGGCUGGAGGAGAACCUGGAGCAGUACGACUUCUGGGCGGACAAGUUCGAAGAGCUGCCGCUUUAUUUUAUGACUUUCCACGGGCAGCAGAACAUCAAGGCGGUGCUGGACACCAUGCAACACGCUGUCUACAUGUAUGAUAUCAACCAUAUCGUCAUAGACAACCUGCAGUUCAUGAUGGGGCAGGAAAACCUCUCAGUAGACAAGUUUGCAGUCCAGGACCACAUCAUCGGAGCGUUCAGGAAGUUUGCCACCAACAGCAGCUGCCACGUCACUCUGAUCAUCCACCCGAGGAAAGAAGAGGACGGCCGAGAGCUACAAAUGGCAUCCAUCUUUGGUUCGGCAAAGGCCAGCCAAGAAGCCGACAACGUCGUCAUCCUGCAGGAGAAGAAGCUGGUGACGGCUCCCGGCCGCAGGUCCCUCCAGGUGACCAAGAACCGCUUCGACGGAGACGUGGGCAUCUUCCCUCUGGACUUCAUCAAGUCUUCGCUCACUUUCUCGAGUCCCGUCAAGGGCAAGCUCAAGCUGAAGAAGGUCCCGCCCAAAGCAGGAAACGAGGAGGAGGAGGUGGAGGCGGCGGUGAAGAAGGCAGAGGUUAAAAAAGAGAGAGCGACCAAGACGACCAAGACGACAAAGACUCCAAAUACCAAGACUCCUGCAGCUGGAGGUGAAAGCACGAAGAAGUCACAAUGAUGAGGUCAGAAAGACGCCUCACGGAAGAUAUUAGACAGUUUUAUGUCCACGUUAACUACGUCGCAGCAAUAUAUGAAGUAACAGAGCUGACUGUAACUCACAAUAACACAAAGUUAAUUUCAGAUUCAUUUCAUUAUAGAACCAAGUAUGGAAAGUGUGAGCCCACGUGAAGCUCCGACUGAAUUCUCCGUUAAAAGUGUUAAAAUACUUUUUCCAAAAACUACUGUGAAACCGUGAACGACUGUCACGGUGAAACACUAUCACACUGUACGUCAGCGGUGUGCUCUCUACUGACCUUUUAUACAAACGAUGAGUUAUUUCUUCUUCUUUUUUUAAAUAAAACUCAAAACUAAA